AUGCAGGCUUUGGAGAGUGCCUACAGACGACUGCCGCACCCCUGCGACACGGAGAAAUCACGCAUGCUCGUGUACAAGCAGCCAACAAACACUCCCAGUUACUAUCCGUCGGAACCGUACAAAGGCAGUGACUCAGAGGAGUAUUUUAUGAAGUUGGACGCGCAAACCCUCUUUUUCCUCUUCUACUACUUUGAAGGCACCAAGGCCCAAUAUCUGGCGGCCAAGGCCCUGAAACGUAUGUCCUGGAGGUUCCACACAAAGUACCUGAUGUGGUUCCAGCGCCACGAGGAGCCCAAACAAAUAACUGAUGAGUAUGAAUCGGGGACUUAUAUCUACUACGAUUUCAAGUCUAUGAGUCAGAGAAAGAGGGAGGAGUUCGUCUUUCACUACAGUUUCUUAGAGGACAAAGACUUCUAA